AUGGCUGCGCAGUCGACGCUGCGCAGCACCGCUGCCGAGCAGGCUAUUGCGGCCUUCUUCGACAAGUGGACCGGUGCCGCCAAGUCGCGAUUCCGCAACAGCUCCCGCGCAAGCCGCAUACUCGCCACGCUCGCCCUCAUUGCCUCCAUCAUUGUUGGCGCCGAAGGCACUCGUCGUUGGUGGAACAAGAGCUCUCAAGAGAAUGAGCAGGGCCGCAAGCUGGUCCGUACCAACUCGUGGCUACAUAACAAGGAUGGGUCGCGAACUAUAUACGUCCCGUACAAGCAUGGCACCUCCAAGGUCAUAAUCAACACCACUAAACCUCUUACUUUCGAAGCCCAUCGGCGUCUCUUCCUCAACCCACCUCGCGUCUCAGGUCUAGGUGACGCAACAGUGCCUUCAGCUCAGACCAAACCUGGCUUGAAUCUGGCCUUCCUCCACCAGUUUCUCAGCCUGAUGAGUAUCAUGAUCCCUCGCUGGACUAGCAAAGAAGCCGGUCUACUACUCAGCCAUGGCCUCUUUCUCAUUCUGAGAACCUAUCUCUCAUUGGUUGUAGCACGUCUAGACGGUGAGAUUGUGCGCGACUUGGUUGCCGGAAAUGGAAAGGCCUUUUCAUGGGGUAUUGCCAAGUGGCUCGGCCUCGGAGGGUUUGCUUCAUACACCAACGCUGCCAUCAAAUAUCUCGAAUCCAAGGUGUCUAUUGCUUUCCGCACGCGACUCACGAGAUAUAUCCAUGAUCUGUACCUCAACGAGAAUAUGAACUAUUAUAAGUUGACCAACCUCGAUGGCGGAAUCGGCCAGGGAGCCGAUCAAUUCAUCACACAAGACCUCACCCUCUUUUGCGCGGCCGCUGCAAAUCUCUACUCCUCCCUCGGAAAACCGUUUAUUGACCUCUGCGUCUUCAACUUUCAACUAUACCGAUCUCUGGGACCUCUAGCCCUGACUGGCCUGAUGAGCAACUACUUCCUUACUGCCAGCAUCCUUCGCAGAUUAUCUCCUCCAUUCGGAAAGCUCAAGGCCGUAGAGGGCCGCAAAGAGGGCGACUUCCGCAGCCUACACGCUCGCCUGAUUGCGAAUGCCGAAGAGGUCGCUUUCUAUGGCGGUGCUGACACGGAAAAGACCUUCUUGAACAAGGAGUACAAGUCGCUUAAGAGUUGGAUGGAGGGCAUCUACAUGCUGAAAAUUCGCUACAACAUCCUCGAAGAUUUCAUCCUCAAGUACAGCUGGAGCGCUUACGGCUACCUACUGGCUUCGUUGCCCGUCUUUUUGCCAGCUUGGGGUGGCGUUGGCGGACUGUCAGAGAUGGUCGAGCACGCUCAGAAGGGCGGUCGCGAACGUAACCGAAUGAAGGAUUUCAUCACUAACAAGCGUCUGAUGCUUUCGCUUGCUGAUGCAGGUGGUCGCAUGAUGUACUCCCUAAAGGAUCUGGCUGAGCUUGCUGGCUACACGAGUCGCGUGUACACGCUCAUCUCAACUCUGCACCGAGUCCACGCCGACGCCUACUAUCUGCGCAACGCGCAAAACGAUAUGUACUCCCUGUCCGAUGUCCAAGGGACCAUCCAAAAGGGCUUUGACGGUGUCCGCUUCGAGCAGGUCCCCAUCGUUGCCCCUAGUAUAUGGCCUCAAGGCGGUGAUGAGCUGGUAGAUUCGCUUUCUAUGAUUGUCCGCAGCGGCGAGCACUUGCUCAUUUCUGGACCAAACGGCGUCGGCAAGACUGCUAUUGCGAGAGUUCUCGCUGGCCUAUGGCCGGUCUACCGCGGCCUGGUCAGCCGGCCGAAGAAUAUUGGCGAGGAUGGUGUUAUGUUUCUGCCUCAGCGCCCGUAUCUCAGCCCUGGGACUCUCCGCGACCAAGUCAUUUAUCCUGACGGCCACUUAGACAUGCGGCUCAAGCGGAAAUCCGAGGACGACUUGAAACGCGUCCUGGACGAGGCAAAGCUCGGAUACUUGCCCGAUCGCGAAGGCGGCUGGGACACGCGCAAAGAAUGGAAGGACGUCUUGAGCGGCGGCGAAAAGCAGCGGAUGGGCUUUGCUCGCUUGCUGUACCACGAGCCCAAGUACGCCAUCAUUGACGAGGGCACCAGCGCCGUGUCUAGCGAUGUCGAAGGACUUCUUUACGAAACGUGCAAGGACAAGGGCAUCACUCUCAUCACAAUCUCGACCCGCGCGUCUCUGAAAAAGUACCACACUUACAACCUAGUUCUGGGGCAGGGCGAGACUGGCGACGACUGGGAGUUUGAGCGCAUCGGCACCGAGCGCGAGAAGCUCCAGGUGGAAAAGGAGCUGCAAGAGAUUCGCGAGCGGCUCGCACAGGUCGACGAGUGGAAGCAAAGACGACAAGACAUUGACAAGGAGCUGGCGGCGGUGUGGACGGACCAGGGUGAGUCGCUGGACGCGCCCGAGUACGUUGAAACGGCCGAAGCUGCUGGGGAAGAAGCGGUGGAAGCUACCGCGGCGUAG